UCAUGCUGCUGCCAGGUCCAGAGUCUGUCAUGGGUCCCUGUACGGCCUCCCAUUGCUGCUGUCUCCAUCGCCACACUCUGCCAUGUGCCACUUUCAGGUCUCCUCACACACUGCUGGUGUGUUGAAUUUUUUGACAUAGGGUGCUGGCAGAUUACGGGCCUCCCAUAGAUGCUGCCAGGCCCCUAAUCUGCCAUGGGCCCCUAUAUACCGCCUCCUCAUGCUGCUGCCAGGUCCAGAGUCUGUCAUGGGUCCCUGUACGGCCUCCCAUUGCUGCUGUCUCCAUCGCCACACUCUGCCAUGUGCCACUUUCAGGUCUCCUCACACACACACUGCUGGUGUGUUGAAUUUUUUGAC